CACACGCCCUCCAAAAGCUCCGCUUUAGGAGUCAGGCUGCAUUUCUGCGAUCGGCUGGCUGGGUCCUGCUUCCUACUUCUCAGGCAGAAAAGCUCUCUUGGAAGAGCUGGAAAGGUGCCCCCCUCCAGCCAUGCUGUCAUUGCUGUGUGCCUGCUUGCUCCUGGUGGCCUGCGCCUCGGAAGGCAGCUUCGACAUGGAGGACCAGAUCCGCGACAUUCACGCCAAAGUGAUGGAGAUCUGGCAGGAGAUGACCGGGGGGCGGGCGGUCCGCGGAAGCAGCGCGGACCCCACACUGCACGCCGCCUGCGAAGUGCGGCCAUCGGCCUCUCUGGACGCCUCGGAGCCGCAGGUGACCGGCCGCGUGCUCUUCAGGCAGCUGGCGCCCGGCGCCCGGCUCGAGGCCUUCUUCGCGCUGGAGGGCUUCCCGGCCGAGCCCAACGUCUCCAGCCGCGCCAUCCACGUGCACCAGUUCCUCCUAGGCAUUCUGAGACCCCUUCCUGAGGUCGCCUCGGGUCCACCCCGCUCCUCACCCAUCACCAAGGUGAGCCCUGCAGGAGGGCCUCUCGAAGGAGUGAUUCUGGUUCUCGGGGGCGUUUUAAGCUUUGGGAUCUGGUACCAGGUGUUCCUGGGGACGUGA